AUGGGGGGAUCGAUUCAUAUCUCGACACUAGUGGAAGGUGAGACGGUGCAGUUGGAAGCCAGUGAAAGUAUUCAGUGCAAGAAACUCAUGGCAGAUAAAGCACUAGUGAAGCUUGGAAAAGGUUCGAGAGAUUCUGAAUUUGGAGCCAUUUACACAUCAACGUGUAGUAUCACAUCAAUGGAUUCAAGUGGAGAGACGCAAUUGAGCGUUGGCAAUGUACAUGGCUAUCUACGUGUGGCAAGUGAAGGACUAAAUAGAGUGCAGCUGGAUAGUGUGACAGGUGCCUUGGACGUACAGGACAAUGGAGACAAGUGUCAAGUUGUAGCACACUUUGACUCAUGGACAAAUGACAGCUCUAGUAGCAUCUUGGUCGGUGGAGACGUGCAAGUGUCACUGCAACCUGCAGCAUCGAUUGAUGUGGAAUUGCACGGUACGAAGAUCACAGUUGGGAGUGAAUGCAAGUUUUUGUGCAGUGAAAUGGAUCCAUUAGAUGAUGACUACGUAGUUUUUACUGGCAAGCUUCAGGCACAGGAGGGAGCUGAGACGAUGGCUUCGACCGGAAAGAUCAAUAUAGAGAGCGCAAAGAAUGACGCUAUGCGGACGUCAUUUUUCAUGAAACAGAGCUCCAGUGAUGAGGAAGAUGGGGAAUUGAACCCGUCGCGGCUGCUUGUUCACACGCUGAGCGGUGAGAUUACGCUGGAUCAGCUGAACUGGAUGGAAAACAUGAAGCGCAAAUACUUGAAGCAAUAG